AUGGAAAUCCCCUUGGCUAAAUGGCUAUCUGCAGCUGAACUGGAAGUGAAAGACUCUACAUUUCUCAAUCAAUAUCAAAUGGAUAAUCUACACAACUCCGAUGAUGAUCUCAAUUUCCAGUCCUAUACUUCCGAGGGCCACUCUUAUUAUCCAAAAAACGACCACAACUUGGUCAAUUUUCCCUUUGAAAUUCCUCAGACGGGCACUGAAAGUCCACCUAAUAAACCUCUAAAGAGCAACAGUUGGAGUUCUUGCACCACCGAAUACACAAGCACCAAGGCUUCCUCUUCUUCCUCUCCGCACUUAAUUUCCUUUCAGAAUUCAAGCUCACCGCCACCGCCGCCGGCAACUGCUGAGCAGUAUCACGGUCUUGACUGCACUAUAAAGCCGAAGAACGAGUUGGACUACGAAGAAAGCAUGAUUUUAAUCCCACCUUUCCUUUCUGAUCUAGAUCAUUCCUUCCAGACCCAAAAGUACUACUGUUUACAAAAAUUUGGCCACAGCGUCAAGAGGCCGUUUGGUGCCAUGAGUAGGAGUCCAUUACAUGCUCAAGAUCACGUUAUAGCGGAGAGAAAGCGGAGAGAGAAGCUCACUCAGCGUUUCAUAGCUCUUUCAGCUGUUUUACCAGGCCUAAAGAAGAUGGACAAGGCUUCUGUCCUUGGAGAUGCAAUAAGGUUUGUAAAGCAACUUCAAGAACGAGUGAAGACUCUAGAGGAACAGGCAGCAAAGAGUGCUGGGGAAUCAAGGAUUAUCGUGAAGCGAACUAAGGUUCUUGUUGAUGAUCAUCAUCAUGAAAUUAGUUCUUCGUUGGAUGAGAGCUGCAACGAUAAGCCACUCCCUGAAGUCGAAGCAAAAGUUUCGGGCAAGGACGUUUUGAUAAGAAUUUACUGCGAGAAACAUAAAGGAUGUUUGGUUAACAUACUUAGAGAAAUUGAGAAGCUUCACUUCACGGUUGUGGAUAGCGGUGUGUUACAGUUUGGCAAUUCAACUCUUGAUAUAACCAUAGUUGCUCAGAUGGACGUCGAAUUUUGCAUGAAAGUGAAGGACCUUGUAAGUUAUCUAAGGCAGGCUUUACUCCAGUUCAUUUGA